UCCUCGGGAUCUUUAAUCAUCCCGCUGCACCCGUUUGACUCGACUGAACAGCUGCAAUGAAUCACAGCAAGGUCGAAUUUGAACCUUUUGAAUAUUCCUACUAUGACUAUUCAGACUGGUACUCGAACAACGCAGAGCCAACCACACCACCCAAAGAAGUUAUUUUGCCAUGUGACCCCACAGUGGAUGACAAGAUCUUCCACAUAUGCAUGCUGUUGAUAUCUCUGGUGAUCAUGUUAAUCCUGGCAGCUCUCACCAGGAAAAACAAAAUCUGCCAAGGAUUUGCAAGAGGAUCAUCCAGUAUCUUCAGUCCAGUCAACUUCCUGGACCAGACUCAGAAAAAAGACCUGGUCAUGGCUGUUUUUGGACUAGUGUUCAGCAAGCUGUCAAUGCUGGUGAUCGCCCCGGAGCCUCUGCCUUUCUCCAAAGACACCCCGGCAGACAUUAAAGAGUACAUGAAGAUAAUUGCCAUCUUCUACUAUCCUGUCCUUUAUUAUCCUGUGUUGGUCUGUGGCACUCUGCAGCACAAAGCAAGUUAUGCGUUCGGGACGCUCCUCUCCUUCACUCACUUCGGGGUCCUGGUGUGGCAGAAGUUCGACUGUCCUCAGACUCCAGAGAUCUAUAAGUACUACGCUCUGCUUGCAAGUCUACCGCAGUUGGCAUGCCUUGCAUAUCUCUGUGUCCAGUUUCCUUUGCUGUUUGUCAAAGAACCAAAGACUGACGAGGACCUUGACAGCAGCUACUACACCAACUAUGUGAAGUCACUUCUCAAGAAAAAGUCUUCAGCUGCCAGCUCUUUAUCUACAGACAAACCAACACUGGCAGAGAGAAUAUUCGAGGUGCUUAAGAGUUAUAUUUAUAAACCAGAAAAGGUGUUUUGUUUUCCACUAAAGUUGGCUGUAUCAACAUUUGUUGCCUUUGUGGCGAUAUAUCAUGUGGCGUUGUUGUUAGUCGUCCUGGUGGUCCCUAAUCUCCAUAUUGUUCGUGCUGGUAUUGAUGAAAACAUCGCCUUCCUGUUAAUGGGAUUUGGGAUAAUCUUGUCAGACGACAGAAUGGAGGUCGUCAGAAUUGUGACCUUCUAUACUUGGUUGCUGGAAGUGUGCUACCUCUGUGCAAUGACCCUUUCUUGUGUGGUCAGUCUCAUCAUGCUCAUGAGGUCCAUGAUACUUCACAGGUCAAACCUGAAAGGACUGUACAAAGGAGACAUUUACAGCAUUUAUAAAAGCCAGAAUACCAUCCGUCCAUCUAAACCUGGUAUUGUCUGUUGGAUGGGCUUGAUAGGAUACCAGGCUGCGAUCGUCUGCAUUGGAAUGGUUAUUCAGACUGUUGUGUUUUUCAUCUGCUUCUUGUUCCUGGUGUUUUUGAUCAUUAUCCCUAUUUUUUACGGCCGUAAUGUCAUCGUCUUCGAAAUAGCUGGAAAAGCAUGGCCGGUCUGGGUCACAAUGCUGCUGGUUACAGCGCUUCAACACGUGACAGCUAAGUUUGCUUUCAUCAAAAAGGAAUCUGGUACAAGAGACUUGAACAACAGAGAGAGUCUGUUCCUUCUGACAUACCUGCUGUUCCUGAUCAACACUGUGGUGGGACUGAUAGUCGCAAUAUGGAGAAUGGUGAUAACAGCUUUGUACAACAUCAUCCAUCUUGGUCGCAUUGACAUCAGCCUGCUGCACCGCACCGCAGAGUCCUACGACCCAGCCUUCCGAUACUACACCCACUCCCUGAAGGUAGAGGUCAGCCAGUCACACCCGGUGAUGAAGGCCUUCUGUGGGCUGCUGCUGGACAUGAUGAUCGAGAGUGGCAGUGCUGGACAGAAAAUAAGAGACGCAGAGGAAGGGAUUCGGGAGAAUCGGCCGAACAAGGCGACCAGCAGUCGGAGGAUUCGCACUCGCUGGCAGCUGCUGUACACGCUGGUCAACAACCCGUCCCUGCUGGGCUCCAGGAAGCACUUCCAGACACGGCGGACUUCAAAGAGCACCCUGAAUGGGACCCCCAACCACAGCGCCAAGAAAGGCAGCAAGAGGGAGGCCAGCAUGACUGCUGCAGAGCCAGUCCAAUCCACUGCCGCCCCAACAAACCAAGAUAAAACUGAUUGAGAUCCCUAAUCUUUAAAGUGUAGUUGACACUAUAUUUUGUACUUUUGUGGUUGCAAUCCAGUCAUUUUGUUUAUGUGUGUAAACACGUCCAAUGUGAUCUUGUUUGGAGUAUACUCACAUGGCUCACUCACUGACAUGUCGCUAAAUUUUUACACUCAAGUUUUUAAUGUAGGUCAGAUCAGGUACACAGUGGCAAAUAUAAAGCGUUAGUUGUUGCUAUAGUACAAUGCUUAAGCUUGAAAUGUGCUUUCCCGGAAACAAAUCAAUAAAGCAGAAAGAUCUCUAUCUGCUGCAAAUUGGUGCUAGCUUUAGAUUUUGUCUCUAGCUGACACAUAUUUGUUACUGAUGUGCCGGCAAGAAAGGUGGGCCUGAACCUUCUGGGCCAAAACAAUGGUUUCACAUGUAAAUAAAAGCUAACAGGGACACAAAUUCUAAAAACAAACAUUGCCAAUUAACCAAAUCCCUGAGGUUGUGAUAAUAAUAUGAAUGACAAUACAGGUUUCAUCUAUAGCACCUUCCAGCUCACUUUCUGAAAAGUAAAUUUGCACUGUGUUCUGCCUCUGCAGUUCUGUUGAGGCCUUUUAGUUAUUUACUGACUGACACAAUGUACAGUGCCAGUGCUGAUCAAUGGCAACAUCAGAACCAGGGUAGGAAGUCAAUAGAAGGCCAUAGUCCAUUAUGGCCUCGGGUAACGCAGUUAUGUUGACACAUGCUGUGCACUCAAUUCACGUAAUUGUUUUCUGGGUCAGUCCAGUGGUGUUCAAGGGAGUUUGUAAGAUCAUGGAGGCUAGAAAUGUAUCAACCAACACAGAACUAAGCAGUUUAUCAUUUAAAGUUAAAACACGUAGAACUAGAGUCACAAGAAUGUCACACUCCAUUGUAAACAUUUGGUUUAUAUCUGCUUCUAUUAUCUGCUUAAUGGUUUUGUGCACAACUGUUUCUACUUUCAUUUCUGUUAUGUAAUUAUUAUGGGAUGAAUCAUACGAUGAGAUAUUUAGGAUAAUCACCCUGCAUAUUUUCACAGCUGAAGAAAAUUGAGUUCAAAUACGAGGUGCAGCUUUGCAGUUAAAU